AAGGAUAUUCAGACAAAAAAUUAUGAAAUUUCAGAGAAAGAAAAAAUACAACAUGGCCUCUGACUGUUUGGAAAGCAUGGAAGCUCUCAACGAGCUCGUUGUUGUCAAUACAAUGAUAGACAAUCGGAUGUCUUCCAUAAAAAUGAAAAUUAUAAUGAAAAGGCAAGAAAUUAUUAAAAUAGGUGAGGAGAUCAGAAAAGUCCAAGUGGAUGUGAACAAACUUGAUUAUGAACUGAUAAAUAUCAAAUCUCAAGAAAUAAAGGCCAUCAAAAAUAUUCAAGGGCUUCAGCAGUCGAAAUCUAUGUUUGAACAUUUACAGUGGAAUUUUCGAAACCAGCUGAGCAUGUUUCAAGACAACUAUAAAACAAUUGCAAAUAACAGGAAUAAAAUAAUGGAGAAGUAUAGUAAAGUGUGCGAUUCUUACUUGGCGAAAUAUAAAAGCCUGCGUUCCAGCAAUGAACGUACCAGUAGAGAAAUGUCGAUAAAACUAGACGCUAUUAAACUGAAGCAAGAACGACACAGGUUACAACAGUACAAGAGAAAAGUCGAUACACUCAAAAAAAUGUCUGAACUUAUAUUUAGAAACAAAAUAGUUGACUUAGCUAAACUCAUGGUUUUGAGAGAGAAGACCACUAGAAAUGUUAUUUUACAAAUGGAAAUUAAUAAAAAACUGGAGGAAGAAAUGUUAAUCCUGUCAAAGAAAAAACAAGAAUAUUUGCGUGAGCAAAAGGAGCAGGCAACAAAUAAGCAUACUGCUACAAUGAAAAAAGCUCCAUUAUUAACACAUGUUGGAAAUAUUAUGCAUUCUUUGGCAAGUCCUAUUGCGUACACCUCUAUAAAAGAACGUCUGGGGAUUUUCUUGUCUUUCUCAAGACCUUCAAAUGCAUCACAUUCAAAACCUGAAGUAAAAGAAUACAAAAAAUCUUUAGUCGGAGGACUAUCGAAAGAAGAAGAGGUUUGUGAGCCUGUAGAGACUAAAUUUGAUGAGGCCCAAACAUCGCAACCAGCACAAAUGACAGAAGAGCAUCAAGAAAAACCAAUUUCUCAAGAGUUGGAACCAGCUUCUAAGGAACAAGCACCAGUUCAGAAAGUGAAACCUGUCAAGUCAGCUAAGAAAAUAAUUCAGCAGAAGAGAAAUCCAGCUUCAGUUCUAGUUAAGAGCAGAUCUAAGCAACAAAGAAAAGUUACCUUUAAAGCCAAGCCAUCAAAAAUAGCUAAAGAUGCUGAUUUAGCUGAAACAAGGGUUCCAAAACAACAAGAUAUUCUAGAAAAUCCACACCCUUGUGUUCCAGAGAAAAUGUUUGUCGAAUUUUCGCCAAAAGCUUCAAGUACUCAAAAAGACAGUGUUUUAACACCAGAAAUUUUUUCCUCAUUGUACAACUUCCCUUCGGGAUCGUGCAUUUCAGUCAUAUCACCGCCAUCUUUUNGCGCGCGUGUUGAGAAACUCUCUGUUCUUAUGCAAAAUAAGAUAAUUGUUAUUACAUGUAAUCAACUAACCUUGGUAUUCUUUUUAGAAAAAGAUUUUUCGGCAAUAUUUGGUGGUUCUUCACAGCAAACCACAGAUUCAUCAUUUUUCAAUCUGUUUUAA